AGCGGUGUGGAGACUUCGGUGAGGGGUGUGCCUCCGGUUCCAGAGAUCCCCGGCGUGUCACCCGGGUUGAGUUUCAGUUUUCAAACCCGGCUCCGACAGGACCCUGAGACGCCCGCCCACCCACCCCCCCCAGCGCAUCUCCAGCUGCCAAUCACUGCAGACUCGGAACCCAGGACACCACUGGGUUAGCCUGCCGCUCUGUCGCCGCGGGGACAGGUCAGGAUCCAGGCGAGGGUUUCCCGCGGCCUCGCGGCUGCUUCCUUCCCGGCUCCUUCGCCACUUCAGCCAUGGCACAGAAACCCAAGGUAGACCCCCACGUCGGGCGGCUAGGCUACUUGCAGGCGCUGGUCACGGAGUUCCAGGAGACCGAGAGCCAAGACGCCAAGGAGCAAGUCCUCGCUAACCUUGCCAACUUUGCCUAUGACCCGAGCAACUACCAGUAUCUACGGCAACUGCAAGUCCUGGACUUAUUCCUCGAUUCGCUGUCAGAAGAGAAUGAAACCCUGGUGAAGUUUGCUAUUGGGGGCCUCUGCAACCUGUGCCCAGACAAGGCCAGCAAGGAGCACAUCCUGCAGGCAGGGGGCAUCCCACUCAUCACCAACUGCCUGUCCAGUCCUGACGAGGAGACGGUGUUAUCUGCUGUCACCACACUCAUGUUCUUGAGCUCACCGGGCACCCGCUCCCAUCCUGAGCUAACCUCCCUGCCCGUGGUCCAGUGCAUGCUGCGCUUUUCUCUGUCAGCCAACACGAGGCUCCGGAACCUGGCCCAGAUAUUCCUAGAAGACUUCUGUUCCCCAAGCCAGGUGGCUGAGGCACACAGCCAGCAGGCCCAUUCUGCCCUGGGUAUCCCACUGCCAAAGAACGAGGCCCCACAGCAGCCAUGAGACUCCAAGAUCCUGCCUGAGACCAGUCCUGGCACAGGUACAGGAAGAAGAAGGCUAAUAGCAUCUUGAGGCCAUCCUGCCCAAGUGGUGCCCGUCAGCUGUAUGCAGCACAAAGUCUGAGCAUGGAGCACAUUUGCGUCCUAGAAAAGCAGUAGGAGUGAUGAAGCCAGACUUGAGAUGCUAAGAGGAGAAAACCAAAGCAGGUCUGGUUUUCAUGGACUGGCACUCAACAAACUACAGACAGAAGACCACUCUGGUGACCCCAGGGCCCAGCUAACAUCCUCAUGUAAAAAGCUUUUGCCCAUGGGUGUACUCAAAAGUAGCUGCUAGAACCGAGAUGUGGGAGAGAGAUCAGUUGGGUCUAGAGACCCAACUAGCUGGGAAGGUACUGAGGGGUGACUCCUCCAGUACAGAGGCUGGGCAUAGUAGACAUUGACAUGGUAGCUCUGCAGCCCAGAGACAACUGUCCACACAACUCUGCUCUCCACUAGGCACCAUGUAAGGAGUUCAGAGCUGAAGCCUCUGCCCCUCGCUGUCACAGCUCAGUGACAGUUCACUAAAUGGCUGUCAAGCGUUAGGAGUAAGGCCCUCCAGGUCUGAGGAGCAGACGAAAGACUGGAGAGCUGGGUGUGGAGCUGUACACCUAGAUUCUUUGGAAAGGCCCUACAUGGGGUCCUGGGAUAUAGACACAGUGACUUCAGCUCUCCUUGUCACCAGUCUGUGGACUUCUCAUGUACCAGCUGUCAACUGUAGCAUCCUUGUCUCUUCAGAAAAGUUGCUCUGGCCCCCUCUGCCAUGAUUGGACCUUCUGACACUUGGGUGAAAGCCCUGGGCAUGCACCCUUCCUGAGCUAUCCAGAUCUGCUUCCCACCACUCUCCCAGGAGCCGCCAGCCUCCAGCAGCAGCUGCCAACCCCUUAGGACCCUGAUGCAGACCUUGAGUAACAACAUCUAGAAACUAGAUGCUAGCAAGCACAGUGGCUCAACAGAGGCAGGAGGAUAGUCCUGAGUUUGACACCAGCUCACCUAGGGAGUUCCUGGUCAACUUGGAUCAUGGAGUAGUAAGAACCUGUCACAAAGAAAAGUAACAAGGACAGCGAGAUCCUGUAACUGGUGACCUCUCCCACCUCUGCCAGUGCGAGGAACAAAAUGAAACUAAGGGGAAAGAGUGAAAGGAGGGCAGACCUAAUGAGAAGGAGAUCAACAAGUUGUGGAGGGGGCUGCCAGUACAGCCACUGGAUGAGGGAAGGAGGAAGGCCUCAUAGCAGUGAGUCCCCCCUAGGCACUGGUCAUUUUUUUGUCCUAGAAAAAAGGGCCUUCAAAGAACCAGAGCCUUGAUUUUGAUUUUUAUUAAAAACCUACUGACUGAUUUUCCACUGUAUUUCUGUGCGGGCCUUCUGGGUGUAGCCAUCUUGAGAGGGGCGGGAAGGCAGAGUUGGUUCACGUGGAGGUCACAGUGGCUCCUUGCUUGGAGAAAGUCACCUGACUGUAACCUGUCGACCCACCUCAGGGUCCUUCACAGGCUGGCUCGCUUGCUGUCUAUGAUCCCCCUCCAGUUGUCACUCCAGGAGAGCAGCCGUCUCCUGGUGGGGGGCAGAGCCAGGUGCUGAUUGUGGCAGCAGGUGAACAAGAUGUGCUCCCAUCUUGGGGUCUCCUCUAGGCCUGGGACAGGAAAGGCAAAGCAAGCGGUCUGUAAUCUGGUUAUUUUUACUCCUCUCCCUAAUCCCAGCAGGCCAGAUGCCUGGAGGUUGUCAGGUUAGCCCAACCUCGAAUAGUGUCUUUGUCAUCAAUGAGCAGGUCGCCCAUGACCACUGUCUUGUCUCUGGUCAGGAUAAUCCGCUCCACAAACUGAGACCCCAGGUGCUGCUCCACCCAGCGGUACUGUAUAGGAAAAAAAAAAAGUCAGUGGAACUUGCUAGGAUCAGUGAGGCAUGGGGCUAAGGGGGACUAAGCCGUCAAACGCGCGGGUACCCCUUUUGCCCAGCUCUCCCCCCCCCCCCUUUUGUGGCUUAUUUUUAAAAUCAAAUUUGGAAAGCUAAAUCUGCGCAGGCGCCAGCACCUUCUCUGCAACGCAGUGGUCGUACUUCCUCAGUGGGCUGGUGCAAAUGAAGACCUCCGUGCUGCGGAGAGAAGGGCAGUUAGAGCUAGGGCGCUGGUGUCCUCCCACCGCCCCCUGCCUACCCUCCUUACUCCUGCAUGUUGUUCAUCUCCCGCAAAGCAUCCACUGCCCCAGGAAUGGGCUCCAAGUUUAGGAAAAAGCCUGGAGCUUCAUAGACACUGACCACUUUCUCCUGAAAGAGACAGAUCUUGGUCCCGCGCCUGCCUUCCAGCAGGGGGAGCCCCAGAGAGUACCCACAAUAAGUCCAGGCUGGGGAUAAGGUGCUCGGGGAUGUGGGGGAGGCACGCUCAAGCUUUCCGGCACGGGGGUGAACUGUGGAUUCACAAGCCGGGGGUGCCUGAAAUAGAACCCAGAUGGCCCUGAUCAGGGGCGGGGACUAGAGGGUCCCCGUCUGGCCUCCUACCGCAAGGUCCGGCCGCAGGGCUCCAUACUGCUCACUGGCGAGGAAGCCCCGGCGCUGUUCUAGCGGCACGUGCGGAUCCCCAGGGAAGCGGCGGCGGAAUCCCUGCAGGAGGCCUGACUCGAAAUCGGCCAGCACGCCGUCCAUGUCUACCAGCACGCGUACUGGCCGCCGCACCGCCAUGGCCACGCCCGGGGCAACAAGCACGGAGGAUGCCAGUCCCAGAAACAAGCUUCCGGGACUCGAGUAGGGGGCGGGACCCGACCCGGCUCAUUUGCAUAGCGUGGCCCUUGAGGAACCUAGGAUGGUCUUGACCGCUGCUCCUAGGCAGAAUCAGUAUCCCUUCCCCCUCCCCACCACCUCCGAGAUCCGAAAUACCCUUGCAAUAGGGAACCUGCUGCACAUGCUUGCAUACUACCCUCUCUCCCUUGCUUGUCCAGGCUGGAAGCGGACAGGAGCACCCCCCAAUUCUGAGAUCGUGAGGCUCCCAGUUCAAGGAAGGGGGAAGGACCCUUGAAAGGAAACUGGGCAAGAACUAGGCUCUCAAGAGACGGACUCAUGAGCCAGAGUUGUUUUGAAACCGCAGCGUUGAUUUCAGUCUGAGUCUACUGCUUUUUCCGUGGAACCGAGCUCGCCUACAAAUUCAAAUUUCAAAUUCUUUCCUUCUAGAAAAUGCUAAGCAUUGACAUAUACACCUGUUUUUGCAGAUCUGAGUGAGCCCUCUUUCUGGCUCUUCCUCUCUAUCUAAUGGCUUUUGUUUUUUUGUUUAUCGAGACAGUAUCUAGACCAGGCUGGCCUCAAAUUCACGAAGAUCAGCUGUCCCUGCCUCCCAAUUGCUGGACUUAAAAGCUUUUGUUUUAUUUUUUAAAGAAAGGGUUUCUCCCCAUAACCCCUGACCUGUAACUCACCAUGUAGCACAGGCGGGGUUCAAACUCCCAGAGAUUCUCCUGCUCCUGCUGGGAUUAAAGGCAAGCGCUGCCACACGCUGCUGUCUCAUGACUCCUAAACUUAACUGUGACAGAAGCCGGACAUCUCACUUGAAAAGCCAGUUUAAAACAACGAAUCCCAGCACUCAGGAGGUAGAGGCAGGUGGAUCGCUGUGAGUUCCAAGACAGCCACAGUGAAGACCCUGACUCAAAACAAAAACCCGUUAAGCCCUUACUUUAGGACUGAAUUUUCACUAAGCCAAGCAACGCACAUAAACGGCGUUAAAAGGUUCAUCUUCAGAUGUGUUUCUCCUAUCCUUUGGGUGACUUUUAUUUAUUUUAAAAUAUUUUUAUUAGAGAAUUUCAUAAUGUAUGCAAUAUAUUUUUACCCUAUUCACCCUGGACUUCCUCUAACACCUCGUGGACCCCUCCCCCCUUUGGAACACGGUUUUAUGCACCCAGGUUUGUCUUGAAUUCAUUAUCUAUCUAGGUGAGCAUUUAACUCCCAGUGCUCCUGCCUGCCCCUCUUGAGUGUUGGGAUUAUAUGCAUGUACCACCGCACCCCAUACUUUAAAAGAUGUGGGUGUUUUGUUGACAUAUAUAUAUAUAUUCAUGCAUGCAGAGGCCAGUAGGCUCCAGGGGCUCUGGAAUUAGGGCCAGUUGUGAGCUGCUAAGUGGGUUCUGAGAACUGAACCUGUUUUUUCUUCAAGAGGAGCGAACUCUUUGUUGUUUUAAGAUUUCUUUUUUAUGUGAGUGCGUCAUUUGCACGUACACCUACACACCAGAAGAGGGCAUUAGACCUCAUUCUAGAUGGCUGGGAGCCACCAUGUGGUUGCUGGGAACCAAACUCCGGACCUCUGAAGAGCAGACAGUGCUCUUAACUGCUGGGCAAGCUCUCCAGCCCCGUAGCAAAUGUUCUUAACCACUAAGCAAUCCUCCCAGCACACCAACCCUGUUUUUAAAAAGUUUGAAGAUCAUAUGGCUUUACAGAUUUCCCCCUUUCUCCCCCCUCCACACGGUUUCUCUGUGUAGCCCUGGCUGUCCUGGAUUUGCUUUGUAGACCAGGCUGGCCUCAAACUCACAUCAAUCCGCCUGCCUCUGCCUCCCUGAGUGCUGGAAUUAAAGGUGUGUGCCACCAUGCCUGACUCUCAGAUCCUCUUUUCUAACCUGAGGUGCUGAACCCCCUCCAGAAAGUGUUUCCCCUAAAAUCUGCUCCAACAAUCUGAGACUGGCUGAGCAGCCACUCCCUCAGAACGCCUAUGAUGAGGUGCUUAUCUCUAUACUAAAAGUUAAGGCCAACCAUCAAGAUAGAACACCAGCCAGGGAGCUCCUCCCCAGGAACUCCACCCUUGUUAAGAGGCUGAAAAGGUGGGUACACAUUCCCUCCCUAUAAGACAACACCUAGUGUUAUAGGGCCAGGAAAGCCAUAUCUCCAUUCAUGCUAGCUUGCUUCAGUACACUGAAAUGAUCCUAGGCUUCAGCUGCCAAUUCAGCACUAUGUAAAAUGCUUUAUAACCUAGCAAUCCCUAUGCUUUUUCUAAGAUCUUUAUGUCUGUGCCACAUACGUAUAGGUGCGAGUGGUCAGGACAUCAGAUCCCUUGGAGCUAAACAGCUGGGGGCCACCUAAAGCGGAUGCUGGGAACCAAACUUUAAGAACAGUAAGCAGUCUUAGUGCUCAGACAUCUCUCCAGCCCUGUAAUCUUUCUCAAAGAUAUGCCUAGUAGCUCCAAGGCCUCAUUUCACCAGUAAGGAAGUAGACACCCAGAAGGCAUGGCAAAGAGCCCAGCCUGUCAGAAAACACAGGCGGACAAGUCAGGUUUUAAAGCCAGAUCUGGACACUGCAACAUGACGUUUGACCUGAAGCUUCCCGUUUGCUGAGCCCAGAAAGCCUCCGCCUCCGCUUUCCUGCUGCCACCUCGAUUGAGGGGCAUCCCGUUAUGUGGACUCUCUUUUGCAGCCUUCAUCUCUGAACCUUAACAUUACAGAUCUCAGGGUAGCUUUGAUCCUUGGUUUUGAUAGGACAGCAAUUGUGACAAGAACAAAAAGGACCUGCGCACAUAAAAGGCGGGCUGCGGCAGAGGUUCAAAGUCAGGGCCUCCUACAUCUGCCCCUGGCUCCAAAAUAGACUAAAUGUCACUGUUACUGUCUAAUACAAACGAUCAGAGGUAGAAAAGCUUGUCCUGACCAGCUAUGGUGGUGAAAACCUGCACUCCAGCCUGUGGGAAGCUGAAGUGAACUCAAUAAAAGCAUAGAGCAACAAUAAAAACCUAGCACAACAAAAAACCUAGCCUGUAUUUUUGGAAGAAAAUUCCACUUCCCCUUGGACUUUUAUUAUGCUGUUUAACUCUGAAUGCCUUUUCAAACCGUUGGGUGGAAUUGUUCCUAGGAUAGGUCCAGGAAGGACAUUCAAACUGUCAAAAAGACAGGGCUGAGAUGCAGCUGUCGGUAGAAAGCUUGCCUUGCAUGCAGGAAACCCAGGGAGGGUUCUACCCCUCAAGCACUGCAUAAAAACUAGGCACAAGGGCAAUACAAUACAGCACUUGACAGUGGAGUCAGGAGUUCAAGGUCAGCUUCAGCUACACAGUAGUUGCCCUCUCUCUUCCCCUCACAUAUAUACACCCCAAAAAAAAAAAAAAAAAAAAAAAAAGACAA